AUGUGGGAGGGAAGUGAAGUAGUUGGAGGGAGAAGGAAGAGUGCCCGAAUAUCGGCAUUGAAUGAGGUGAAGAGGAACAAUGAAUUCUCCAAAUCCGGUAACAACAUUGUUGGCGAGAAUGGUCAGAAUCAGGCUCAUGUUAGAGCAAAAGCAGCAGCUUCUGCUGCCAAGAGAGGCCGCAAGCGCAAAAGACUUAAAGAUGUUGGCCUAUCAUCUCAACAGGAUGGUGAAGACCAAGAACAAGAAGACAAUUCGAUCAUGAACAAUGAAGGAGAAAAUCUGUCAUCUGAUGAGCAAGUGCCACAAAAACGCAUAUUUGAGUUCAUCCUUGAUACGCUGCAAAGGAGAGACGUAUUUGGAAUAUUUGCACAGCCUGUUGACCCUCAACAGGUGAGGUCCUAUUACUCAAUUAUCAAAGAGCCAAUGGAUUUUGGCACCAUGAGGGCAAAACUACAUGAAGGAAUGUACAACAACUUGGAAGAAUUUGAGCAUGAUGCGAUUCUGGUAUCCAAAAAUGCAAUGCACUUCAACUCAUCAGCCACCGUAUAUCACUUCCAGGCUCAGCGCUUACAAGAACUAGCCGAGGAGCUUUUCAGGGAUCUGAAAACAGAUCCUGAACGGUUUCUGUUAGAAAACUCGCUGAAAAGAAGAUGCCCUGAUAGGAAGCCCCAAAGUGAAGCCAGAGGUUUAUGCAGAAAGCAUGCUACGCCAGGGAGUGUCAAAAGAAGAAAAACAGAUUCGAAACCUGGAUUGAGAGAUGGAAGGAAUUCAAAUUUAGCUGAAACUCAGCGGCGUCAAACUUAUUGGAGGCCUUCCAAUGACGAUGAAUCUUUAUUCUCAACUGUCUACAAUUUCCCCAAAUCACUUUUCCAUAUUGAUGCUGGUUUUGGAUAUAGAGGAAGUCUCAUGCGGUUUAUUAAAGAUUUGGGGCCAACAGCUCAAAUGAUUGCCCAGAGAAAGUUAGAAAGUCUUAUUGAAGCUCCAAAUUGCCAGUCUCAGACAACCCCUCCAGUCCAGACCCCAAAUGAUCCGGCUUCCACCCUAUGUGCCCCAGAAGUACCUGGUCAUCCUGCUAUUGUUAAUACCGGCCAAACGACUCAAAUGCAACAUAAUUCCCUAUAUAACUUCCCAAGGGAUGCUAAUGUUUCAUAUUUUCAUGGUGAUGCUUCUGCACGAAGAUAUGCCCCCACCAGAGCUGGCAUAUGUAUCAAUGAGGGUGCUAACAAGGGAAAUAUGAUUGUUCCUGGCACAUCCAGAUUAGGCAUGGAGAGCAAUCUAAAUGACCCAAAAGGGAAAAUGAUUCUUCAGGUAGCCAAGGGAAAAGACACUUAUAACAAAGCUUUGCAUGAACAGAUGGCCACUGAUAUUAACAAAAACGUGAACAUCCCUGGUCUUACCACUGGCAUAGGACUUCAGGGAAGUAACAUGGAAGUCAGAGCUCCUCAAAAUCAAAACAGCAAGGUUCAGUUAGAAUCGUAUAUUCGUGUCGUUAGAGAUUUGAGUAGUCCUGGGACCUCAAACAACAGCAUAAAGUUUAGGACUGUGGAUAUGUUAGCCAAAACUAACAACCUAGGAAACCAGCUGCUUCAGCAAGCUCAGUUGUCUAGAACUGCAUAUCACUCUAAUCAGUCAAGGCUGCUAGAGAUCAUGUCUAGAAGCAACACCUAUUUGAGGCCAUCAUCUUACAUGCCUUCACCAGCUCCAAAGUUGUCAAGUUUGAGUCAGGCACAAACUUCCUUUUAUGAUUUUGGCUCAAAACUGAAUAACAAUUAUGCAGCUAGCUCGGCACAGGCAGGUCAUCUUUCUCAACUAAAUAACUAUGCAGCAAGCUCAGCACAGGCAGGUCAGCUAUCUUCACUGAAUAACUAUGUAGCUAACUCUGCACAGGCAGGUCAGCUGGCUCAAUGGAACCAUCCCGGUACAGCGCGAAGUAUGCAAGAAAUCGGUAGAUUUCCAAGUAUGAAAGUGAAGCUUGGUGAGGAUCACAGGCCAUUGGCAAAUGGUAUGUUUAUGAGGAAAGAACAAGAGCUUGUGUCAUCAGCUCAGGGAAUAAUGAAGCCCCCAUUGUACAAUGAAAUUGGCAGCCAUGAAAGAGCUACAAUUCAUCAAUGGUACCAAGAGGAGCCUACUUCUCCAUCUUUUAUAUCUUUGCUGGAGGACUCUCAGCAGCCUAACUUGGCUCUGCAGCUGUGA